AUGUCCUCCAACAUCACUUGGCCUGGAAUCCAUUUCCAGCAGUCUUACAUUGAUUAUCAAUACGACUGGAAUCACUUCAGCACCUAUGUAGCUGUUAUCCCUUGGUUUUAUACCAUUCCAACUUUCAUUGUUAUGUGGAGAAUCUUCAAAAUCUUUUUGAGAUUCACCAAAAAGAAGUCAUUCAAUCGAAUUGAUAGAAAUGUUCUUCUGGUUAUCUGUCUAUCCCAAUUCACUUGUUUCGCGCUGUUCUUCUUUGAUUAUUUCAUGACACGAUUCCCCUCAUCUGGAGUUAUAACUGCCUGGUGUGCUACUAUUAAACCUAACCAUUGGUUGAAAAUGAUACUAUUCUUUACCCUAUACUUCACAUAUUUGGCUAUGGUCAUACCGUUUCUGAUGCCAGUUGUCAGAUUGUUCAUUGUGCUUUUCCCAAGCACACAUAGUGAGAUCAACGCAAAACUGAUCAACAUUGGUGUCCCAAUCUUCUUGUUCUACCCACUCUGCUUCACUUUUUACUUCAUCCCAGCGCUUGGAAUCUGUAAACAAGCAUCGUUCCCAUACCCUUUUGGAUCUGUCACUAUUUAUUAUACAAAUUCGGCAUUUGGACUUCGAAACGGCUACUUUCACCUCUAUAACAUUGUGUUUUGGAUGGCGGCUUCUGUAGCCGCCAAUGCUGUUUUGUUCUAUAAAGUUGUGAACGCAAAGUCGAAAUUGGUGAACAAAAGUCGGAAUUCGUACAAAGCAGAGCUGUCCAUGACCAUCACAACGUUGUCAAUGAUAGCUUCAUAUGCAGUUAAUGCGAUUUUCUUGGUUCUCUACAUCUCAUUCGCCGGAACCAAUGCCUAUGUCUCUUAUGCUGAAAUCGCUCGCCCUUUCGGUAAUGAUCUGCAAACUUGUGUGACCACGUGGCUGUUCUAUUCGACCCAUCCAGUUUUCAAGAAACAAUCUGGCGACAUGGAGGCAAUGUUCUCGACUAGCUCAUCGCAGAAAAAGACCACCAGUAACCAAGUCAAUGUGAAAAGAAUCACUGCUUAA